AUGACAGAGGGGGGGCUGCUUGAAACGUCUAACCGCGAAAGGAACAACGCUGGCACCGAGAACUCGAUGAGCGAAUGCGAGGCACGCAAAGUUCCGAUACUUCAUAAGCAUCAAAAACCCAGGCGUGGCUGGCAGUGUAUUUGCGCGAAGCCUGGCAGGGCCCAAUCGGGAUACGAUCCUGUGAAUGAGGAAACACUUUGCCUUGCGUCAUCGGAGGCGGACAAGCUCGAAAAAGUUGAGCUGGACAAAAAAUCCUUUGAUCUGCCAAUUCACGAAUUAAGCCUAGCGACCGUGAAGUCCCCGCCAAAGUGCUGCCCCGUACGAAAAGUGCCAGCGAGAGAGAAUCACCUUGGCGAACCCCGGAUCCUAGCUCAAAUGGUUGAGUGGUCGCCUGUUGAACUUCAAGGAAACCAGUGUGCUGGGAAAGAGGACUCGAAUCCAGAGUCUAAAUGA